AAUUGGUACAUUCCAAGAAAGUACUACGCAUGCGCACCCUUCGCGUUGUUAGCUAAGUUGGUUGUGGCAUUCAGACAUCACGCGAAAUGGCGUCUGCUGCAGAUUACAGUUCCUAUGGUCAGCCUGCAGGCCAGCAAGGGUAUGGGUCUUAUGGGGCCCAGCCCUCUCAGCCUUAUGGGCAGACCACACAGCAGGCUUAUGGCCAACAGCAGGGCUACAGCUCCUACAGCCAGCCUGCUGAAUCGGCCUACCCGCCGGCAGGCAACACUUCGAGUGCCUACUCCCAACAGGCAUAUGGGUCCUCAUAUGGACAGCAGCCACCAGCUACCGCUGCAUACAAUGCCACUCCUGCUGCUCCCCAGGGUUAUGGUCAGCCAGUGCCAUCCUACGGAACCGCAGGCUACGAUUCCGCUUCUGCCUCCACUACCACCAACAGCAGCCAGCCCAGCUAUGGUGCCCAGUCUGGGUAUGGAGGCCAGCAGGCUUAUCCUGCAUAUGGCCAGCAGCCAGCUUCGACAGCACCUCCCAGUUACGGCGCUAGCAGCCAGCAGCCGUCCAGCUACGACCAGAGCUCCUACUCCCAGCAGCCCCCACAGGGCUCCUACUCCCAGCAGCCCCAGCAAGGCGGCUACGCCCAGCAGACCUCUUACGGCCAGCACGGAGGCUACCAGCAGCAGCAGGCCCCUCCGCCAACACAGCAGGCCCCCCCCUCUUAUGCCCCGCCUGCUGGCUCCUACGGCCAGCCACCCGCCAGUCAGUACGGUCAGCAGGGCGGCGCAGCAGGAGGUUAUGGCCAGCAGACUGAGUACAAACCACCAAGCCAAUACAGUAAUUACAGGCAGGAUCACAGCAACGGGAUGGGCGGAGGUGGCUACUCGGGUGCGGACCCUGGUGGCUAUGGGGAGGGCCGCGGCAUGGGUGGGGGGGAGUCCCGGGGCCGAGGCCGCGGGGGGUUUGACCGCGGGAUGAUGCGCGGCGGAGCGCCCGGCAUGCGAGGGGCCAUGAACCGAGGAGGCAUGGGCAUCACUGGAGACAGAGGUGGCUUCAGUAAGCCCGGUGGAUUCGACUCAGACAUGGGCCGACCUGAAGAGCAGGAUGACUCUGAGAACAGCACCAUCUACAUCACAGGCCUGACUGAGGGCGCUACUCUGGAAGAAAUGGCAGAGUUCUUCAAGCACAGUGGCAUCAUCAGGAUAAACAAGCGCACUGGUCUACCCGCCAUUAACCUCUACAAAGACAAGGACUCUGGCAAAAACAAAGGAGAUGCUACUCUGUCCUAUGAGGAACCUCCUUCUGCCAAAGCUGCAGUGGAGUGGUUUGACGGAAAGGACUUCCAAGGCAAACGGUUGAAGGUGUCUAUGGCGCGCAGGAAGCCCAUGAUGGGCAUGGGAAUGCAGAUGCCCAUGAGGGACGGCAGGGGAGGCAUGAUGGGACGCGGAGCAAUGAUGGGCCGUGGUGGCAUGGGACGUGGUGGGGACCGUGGCGGUUUUAUGCCCCGAGGGGGCCCAAGGGGUAUGGGACGUGGUGGUCCCACUGGUGGGAACAUGCAGCCCAGAGCUGGAGACUGGCAGUGCCCCAAUGCGGGCUGCGGCAACCAGAACUUUGCGUGGAGAACUGAGUGCAAUCAGUGCAAAGCCCCGAAACCAGAGGGCUUUGGACCCCCUCCUUUCGCACCUCCAGGGGGUGAUCGUGGCCGUGGUGGCCCUGGCAUGAGAGGGGGUCGAGGCAUGGACCGCGGGGGACCUGGAGGACCUGGUGGUCCUGGAGGUCCAGGUGGCUUCCGGGGAGGCAGAGGAGGUGAUCGCGGUGGUCCUGGAGGAUUCCGCGGCGGUCGUGGCAUGGACCGGGGUGGCUUCGGUGGCCCCAGGGGGCGAGGGGGACCUCCCAUGGAUGACAUGGGUGGCCGCGGAAGGCGAGGCAUGGGACCACCUGGCAAGAUGAUGGACAUGAAAGGAGAGCAUCGCCAGGAGCGAAGGGACAGACCCUACUGAAGAAUCCACGCUUGUAAAAAUCCUCACAGGAUUUGCCCUUCUAAGUGAUUUUAAGUCACACAAUUCCAUAUUUAUAUCAGGUGUUAGUAUGGGAACUGUCAGCUCAGCAGCUAGUCUACAGUGACCUUUUUGUAUUUUAUGUUUUUCUUUUUUAAAGUUUCUUAGUUUUUGUCUUUUUAUGUUUGUGCAGAACGUCUAGUAAAACCAGUGGCAGAUGCAUGCUAUUUCGACUGCAAAAUCAGAUUUCUGGGAGAUGUAUUUUGUGGAACUUGUCCCAAGCAAUUUUUUUAAUCUUUAUCCACCAUUCUCUUCACCCAUCUCCAAUGUACAAAAAUGUUCAAUAAAUGACAAACAUAAAUUUG